CAGCUGCGUAAAUGAGUAUGGAAGAUUAUGAUUUCCUCUUCAAAAUUGUUUUAAUUGGCAACGCCGGUGUGGGGAAGACCUGCUUAGUCCGUCGCUUCACUCAGGGGCUUUUCCCACCGGGUCAAGGAGCCACGAUUGGGGUUGACUUUAUGAUUAAAACUGUGGAGAUAAAUGGUGAAAAAGUAAAGCUGCAGAUCUGGGACACGGCAGGGCAGGAGCGGUUCCGCUCCAUCACGCAGAGCUACUACCGCAGCGCCAACGCCCUCAUCCUCACCUACGACGUCACGUGCGAGGAGUCCUUCCGCUGCCUCCCCGAGUGGCUGCGGGAGAUCGAGCAGUACGCCAGCAACAAGGUCAUCACCGUGCUCGUGGGUAAUAAGAUUGAUUUAGCCGAUAAGAGGGAAGUCUCCCAGCAAAGAGCUGCAGAGUUUUCUGAAGCACAGGACAUGUACUACUUGGAAACCUCUGCAAAAGAAUCGGAUAAUGUGGAAAAACUCUUCCUGGACUUGGCCUGUCGGUUGAUCAGCGAGGCACGACAGAACGCCCUUGUGAACAAUGUCUCAUCCCCCUUACCAGGAGAGGGGAAAAGUAUCAGCUACUUGACUUGCUGUAAUUUCAAUUAAAGAGCUGGCAUGUGAUUUCUGCUUCCACCAUGGGCCAAGAAGAUUUUUGGCUUUUGCUGGGAUUUACCUACUGAAAGGGAAUUCCUGUCACUUUGACCCACCUGACUUACCCUGAGUCAGGUUGCAGACCUGGAAGCAUGGCAGGCUGACAGUUCCAGCUGCAUGGCAACGUAGCAGAAUAAAACACAGUUUAAAUGUCAUUUUUCUUGCAGUCCCUGGAGUGAGUUAGGAAGAGAAGAGUUGCACAAGUGCUCCAUGUAAUGUAGAACAUGAGCUAUUUCAUUUCCUUCUAUGGGAGACUAGAGCAGCAUCUCUUGAAGAUAUUGAAGAGAUGAAAAUCUCUAUUGCAGAACAAUGUGUUUUGAUCCUUUUUAAA